AUGGCACUCUCAUCAUCUUCUCGAACAGACUUACAGAGCUUGUGUUCUACAUGGUUUUAUCCCAAGUACACCUGCUACAGUGCUUUUGCGGUUCUUUCCUUUGUCUACACGAUUUCGGUCCACGCCCUGUUCCAAUGCGGUGUGGUCACCAAGCCCAAGAUACAGUGUGCAUCCUCAAAAACCAAUAGGAUCAGUCAGAGUAUACCUCAAAGCCAACGAGUUGCCAUCGUCACGGGGUCAAACACUGGUGUCGGUCUUGAAACAGCCAAACAGUUAGUAUUGGAUCAUGACUUUUGCGUCAUACUGGCAUGUCGAAGCGGAGCGAAAGCAAGAGCAGCUGCCGAAGCCAUCAACAGUCAAGCGGACGCCAGCAAACAAGGUCGUGCCGUUUUCUUGCAAGAGUGCGAUUUGAGCAGCUUUGCUUCAGUGAAAGCCUUUGCAGAGACGGUUCAUUCGAGAUACGACAAGAUUGAUGUUCUGGUGAACAACGCUGGUUUAAAUACAACUGGUAGAACUGAGGAUGGUUACGAUUUGCUCUUUCAAGCCUGCUUUUUGGGUCAUUUUCUGUUGACGAACCUUAUGUUCGAUUUGUUCCCGUUGGAUGGAAGCGGCCGAAUCGUCAAUCUAUCAUCCAUCAAGCAUCACUUCCCAAGCAACUACACGGGAUUUGUAUCAUUUGAUGAGAGCUAUUGGAGGAGCAGUGCUCUCUUGGCAUAUAGGCGGAACGAGAGUUACCCCAAUGCCAAACAGGCAGCAAUCUUCUUUACUUUGGAACUAAAUCGGCGGUACUCUGGACGAGUCCGUGCCUUUGCAGCCAACCCAGGGGCUGUGAAUUCUAGCAUCUGGAGAAGUGCAAACCUGCAAUGGUUGGUAAUUCCUUUGUUUCGGCUUAUUUUCUUGACAACCGAGCAAGGGGCCGCCACAAGCGUGGCGGCAGCCGUGGGAGAUUUUGACAAUAACAAUGAUUUCUAUUUGCAACCUUAUUGGAUGCCAGAGAGCGCACGUCGCAAGGCCCCCUUUCCCGUACUGGAAAUGCUGGGACCAUUUAUAGGGUACCGAUUCAUACAACCACGGUUGCCGUCUUCACAAGCUGGGAGCGAUGCUGCAGGAGAAGCCCUUUGGAAAGUGAGCGAGGAACUAACGGGUCUGCCAUUUGACGGCGACAUGGAAACCAAAGUUAAAAGCGAGAAUCUCAAGGCAUCUACUAGUACAACCGAACAGCAGGGGAGAGCCAGUGGUGCUCCUGCCAUCACUAGUACUUCUGGCAGUACAACGAUUAUCAGAAGAGGCAAAGCUGACGCCUCCACCAAGGGACCAACAAGGCCGGCAAUGGGGCUCAUUACAAACACUGCCCCUACAAGGAAAAAGAAAGAGAACUAA